AUGAAAAAAGUGUCGAAUAAGGUUUUGAGUGGAGAUGAAAAAACUAGAACUUAUGCCAACACUAUCACUGAUGAUUUUUCUUAUGUUUUAAUGAACAAUGCUAUUGAUGAUUUCAAUAAUCCAAAAAAGGUAGAUAAAACUGAUGCUUCUUUUGUUUUAACUUAUGAAAGGGGACAAAAAAUUACUUUGGUUAGAACUAAGACAUUAAAAACCUUAGAUAUCAGCAAUAAUAAUUUCAGUGAAUUGGAUUUAAGCGAAAAUCAAAAACUUGAAUAUUUAAGCCUUUUUUCAAAUGAAGAACUUGAUUUCGAUAAAAUUAACUUCGGAGGAAGCAAAAAAACUUUAAAAGAAAUAAAUUUUGCCUUUGCUUUUGAGAAUAAAGUCAAGUUAGAAUAUCCUAGUUGGGAUGUUUUGGGCGAUGAGGCGAAAAUGGAAUUUCGAGCAGAAUUUCCUAAUAAAGAUUAUGAAAAUGUAAUGAAAGGAAAAGUGGUUUUCAUUUAA